GUGACCAAUAUGCGGGGAAAGUCCAGGGUCGACCAUUUCUCCACGGCCCGCCACCAAGUUUUGCACCUCCAUUCAGAGACAUCGAGGACAUCGUUGACAACGAGUUCGACCCUAUUUACAACGACGGCGAACCGCGCAGUCCAACGAUACCGCACACGUCUAGAAGAUAGCCACUUUGAUGUCCGCCUCUGCACUCGUCCUCCCGUCCACCUCAACACCACCUUCAUACCACCGGAUCGUCUCUCCGACCCUCCACCUCCCCACAGAUCCCCAGAGACCGAUUCCAGUUGGUCUCUUGGCAUGCCAACGUGCGUAUACAGUUCCUUGACUCACAAACCAUUCAACCGCCGGGGCGACCCCUUGCUCCGUGAUCUGGUUUCAACCGUCGUUAGUUCUACCGUUGCCCAGACCGCUCCGACAUCAAAUGCGAGUAAGAGAAUUAAGAAAAAUACUCCAAGUAUUGCACAAGACACACUAUUGGAAGUGAUACUUCAUGAUACCGUCUUAUUUCCCGAGGGCGGGGGACAGCCGAAUGACAUUGGUAUUCUGACCAGUGCGGACGGUAAUAUUUGGGACGUCAUCGAUGUAAAGCGUCGCGGAGGGCACGCUGUGCAUUUUGUAAAGGUCAAGGAUGGCAACGUUGCUGCUGCUUUGAAAAUAUUCACGCCUGGGUCUCUCGUCCGAGCUGCCCUCGGGGAACAAGGCUUCCAGCGACGCCUAGAUCAUAUGUCGAUGCACACUUGCCAACACCUGCUUUCGGCCGUGCUUGAAACAAAAUUAAAUUUGCCGACUUUAGCGUGGUCGAUGACUACAUACCCUACACCUUCCUACGUCGAGGUACCUCGUGCCUUGACGCCUGAGGAAAUUUCUAUUAUACAGGCAGAAGCCAAUAGACUCGUGUUUGAGGGUCGUCAGGUUCACAUAGAAGUAGAAGAACUUGAUCAUUCAAACCGGGCAUAUGACACUCCGAGCGUAGGUAUACCCUCUGAUUACACUGGUGGUGUCAAACGAACGGUUAUAAUCGACGGUGUCGAUCGUAAUCCAUGUUGUGGGACGCACCUUCCAUCAAUCAGUAACCUUCAACUCUUCUUGAUCCCACAGAUGGAAGGCCUUUCUCGAUCAAGCACCUCAUCUGCUCGUCUGUAUUUCCUCUCUGGUCCUCGCCUCAUUACCUACUUCUCGUCGAUACAUACACUACUCACGACAACGUCAAACGUUUUGAGCUGUGGCGCGCCUUUAGUUCCCGAACGCGUCGAACAAGUCAUCGACGAGCGAAAGAAGGUGUCCAAGCGCGUUGAAGAUCUUGAAGCUGAAUUGGCUAGUUCGAUCGCCAGAGAUAUUCUCAAGCAAGCUGAGGACGACACGGUGGUCCUUCACCAGCAUCGAACGGAUGACGCUAGUAACCCUCUCGGCUUCUUGUCUGCGAUAUCUACUGCGUUCGUUAACGAAGUCUCGUCUGCGGAAACUGGACCGUCUUCGUACCUCAUUGUCCUUACAUCCUCGCCUUCAAUGCAAACCGCUACAAGCACGACCAUCGUCAUGACCUUCGGAAACGACGAGAAGAAGGUCAAGGAAGCAGGAGAUACAAUUAGAGCUAACGUGGGUGUCAAGGGGGGUGGGAAGGGAACGAAAUGGAGCGGUAAGUUUACUGGCGUAUGGAAAGAUACCAAGGAAGGGAAAGCAGUCGCUGGAAUAUUGAAGGACAUUUCACUUUGAUAAAUUGAGGUGAACGAAUACAUACUAUAAGGCGGGGAUCCUGAUAGGAGUGAUACAAGUGUAAUAAAGUUACUUAUACAAAUAUAUAGAAUGCUCAUGAACAUAGCCAAAAUAAAAAAGCCCCUCGAUGGAAAAUGUCCUGCGCUAUCAUUUGGGUUGGCCUUGACUACCGCUGGCCUCUGGAGGAGAGACCCGGUUAUCUCCAGAGUAAAUGACCGCAG